GCUCUGUUCUGGCCAGUGACGCCGCGCGUCGGCUUCUCACCGGAAGUUGCGUCAUGGCAGCGCAGGAAGCGGCGUCCCCGCGCUGGGAAAGCGGGAGCGCCGUGGGCUCGGCUGGCGAGGCCGCUUCCUCCUCCUCUGCGCAUGUACAGAGCGCCUCUCCUACUCCGCACGCGACGUCGGUUCUCUCCUGGAGCCGCCGUCGCCGCCGGUUGCUUCGUGCCGGCCUCCCCGCCGCGGCCCGCUAUGGCAAGCGCCGACCCUCCGCCCCGGCCUCUGCCGCUGCCCCGGGGGUCCCCGCAGGGGCUCCCUCAUGCUGCCGGUGCCGCGGCGGUGGGGGCGGCGGCGGGCGCGUUGGGGUCGGGCGGGCUGGUGGCGCUGCCCACCGACACCGUCUACGGCGUGGCCUGCCUGGCACAGGACUCGCGCGCGCUGCGAGCCGUGUACCGUCUGAAGGGCCGCGCCCGGGACAAGCCGCUGGCCAUCUGCCUCGCCGACGUCGAGCACGUCUACCGGUACUGCCACGUUGCUGUGCCUGACCAGCUGCUGCGCGAUCUCCUCCCUGGGCCUGUGACGGUGGUGCUGGAGCGCUCGGAGGCCCUCAACAAAGACCUGAACCCCUUCACCCAACUAGUUGGUGUCCGCAUCCCUAGUCACUGGUUCAUCAGAGAGCUGGCCAGGGUGUGUGCUGCUCCGCUGGCCUUAACAAGUGCAAACAUCAGUGAGGGGGCCAGUUCCCUCACAGUCACGGAAUUCCAAGAGCUGUGGCCUCACCUGUCACUUGUAAUUGAUGGGGGUCCCACUGGGGACCUCCAUAGUCCAGAGUGCCGCCUGGGCUCUACUGUGGUUGACCUCUCUGUCCCUGGCAAGUUCAAGGUCAUCCGAACAGGCUGCGCGCUUACUCAGACUAUUGAAAUCCUGGUGGCCAAGUACGGUCUGACAGCUGAGCUGCCUGGUUUAUGAAACUCGCAAGCUUUUGGGCAACUAGAUGGUGUGCAGCACUUCAGGAAGCUGUUUGCAGCAGCCUUGCUCAGGAAAGGUGCAGAGUUUAACUCUGCCCUUCUGGGGUGCAAGGGGAGCCCCUCCUCUCCCUGCUGACCUCUGCAACUGCUUACAGCCUGAAAACCUGCCCUGUUUGUGACUCAACGAGGGUGAAGCGAUUUCUCCCUCUUUGCAUUCCCUUUAAGACUCAGAGGCGGGCACGCACUGUUCUGUGACUAAUGCAUUCCUCCCUUUUAGGAAGUCUGUUCUUGCCGUCCCUUGAACAGUUGGCUUGCAGAGGCUGAGGCAUUUGAACAAGACAAUUCUGUUAACAAUCAUGUGGGGUGUAGAAAGCAGGAAGUGCAUUUAGCCUUCCCUGGUACCACAGACCAAACUGUCUUGAACCCUGCUGUGCUGAAGACGGAGGCCAGGCCAGCCCCUGACAUGCUACAAGCUGUUUUUUUACCAAUGUCAUUAAAAUGGGAACCUUGUGCAGAC